CCACUUGUUUACUUGCCUUCCUGGACGCCUUCUAAAUUGCAGCUGAAAUAGCUCAGGGAAUUCAGUACCCUCUCGAAUUUUGAGGAGCAAGCAGUAACUCCAGAAAACAAAACAGGAUGAGGAUGAUGUGCCUCUUCCGGGCUAUCAACUGGUGUUGUGUCCUUUUCUGGAGCGGCUUGCACAGUCCAGUGGCUAACUGCGCGCUGACCACCACGACCACAAAUCCCUCGCAGGUGCCAACGCCUCACACUUUUCGAUUCCAGAAUCCGACGCAGUGCCUCAAGAACGAGUUCUACAACCUCAACCUAUUCGAUUGUGUGCCCUGCAAUGAGGUCGGCAACGGAGAUGGGGCUCUCGGAAACUUGCAACCCGACAAAUUCUCUUGCAAGUGCCCGGAUGGUCAUCUAUCCAUCUAUGAGCGAGGCAAGACGUGGCCCACCUGCGAUGAGAUUUGCACUCCGGACAGGACCGACAAUUGCACUUCGGUAUGGCUCCCCCAGCCCCGACCUUCCAACCAGUGCAAAUAUCGGUACUUGAACUCCACGUCUGCCUUCGCCAACCAGUUGCCAGUGCAUCCACUCAUUUCCGGGAUCAUACUGACCCAGACGAAUCCGAUGAGCAGAGAGGGAGACUGCAUUUCCUGCGAUAUGACGCACAAUUUCCGGUAUCAGGAUUUCUGCUUGGCUAGCACCCUGCUCCGCCCGUAUGUGCACUACAAUGCCUUCUGGCAGGGCACUACCGCACCGGAUUCCAGUGUACCCAGCCACUUCGGUGACCUCAAGUUCGUUGCCUUUUUCUGCCUGACACUGCGAAACGAUACCGCCUGCCAGCAGCUGGCCAAUCUGUGCGUGCUCUCCCACUUCUCCCUGGAAAAGCACUCGCCAUGCAGCGCCUUUCUGCUUACCCAGGUCUCUGAUGUGGUGAUGAAGUAUGCCCACUCCGGGGAGCAGGUGCGAUCCCUGCAGCCGUUCCUGUUUUACAAGAAGGGUCGGGUUACCAAGGAGCUGCUCUCGAAGACGCUUCAACUGCCAGACCGCAAAGAGUUGCGGCUUUUCAGUACCACAUUUGGGCUGGAUGGUGGACUCAAACGGUGGGGUGCCUUUCAUCCGGAGAUACUGAAUAUGUGCCAACAGAAGGCGCCAAGCCUCCGAAUGGCUCUACCCGAAAGGGAGUCGGAGGUAUCUUGCCAGCUGACCCUAGAGCGACUCAUUGAUCUGGCCAACCAGCGGCACAACGACGAGUUUCUCACCGUUUUCCUAAACUUUAGCAGUAACUGGCAGUUUUUUUUUCACCAGUUACCUGUACUCAUUGAGACCCUAACGCCGGAAAACCAGCGACCCCAGCAGGAGGAGUGGCAGUUGGUGAAGCGAUUCCAGUUAAUCUCCGCCUCUCCGCGCAAUAAUCAUCUUCACCAGACCAUGCCCCACUAUGAGGAUGCCCACAAACUCCAGCAAUAUUACUCACUGCGAUAUGUGGAGGACAUCGAUAUUCGUUAUACGCUGGACAGGGAUCAGCCAGAUAGAGUGGGUCUGCCUCUUAUUCGCCUGCGAUACCGGCACAUUGAGAUGGGAUCGAGAAAUACAUCCCUCUCUCAACUGUACCCAUUCAGCCUGAAGAUUAGCUACGACCAAGUAAAACGUGGGUGGGAUUGGCUGAUCCUAGAGGUGGCGCUGCCUCUGCUCCUUUUGCUGGCCUUUGCAGCUGCAGUCUUCCGCCUCCAGAAUCUGAGAAGAAGGAGAAAGGCGGACCUCUAUCAAAUGAGCAGUCUUCUAGAGUUUCUCCUGCAGCUGGCCGGAAAUGUGGCAUAUGCUCUGCUGGCGAGUGUUCUGCUGCUCCUGUUGCUACAGGCCUCCAAUUCCCGCAUGCUGAAAAUUCUCCUCUAUCCCGCCCUUUUGCUGCAGUUCCUCUUUCUGGCCGUUCAGCUGUGGCGCUCCAGCCAGCUGGAACUUUUCCUCAUCGACUGGGAAAGGCCGCGGAGCAGCUGCGAGGGACAACGCCUAAAUCUGGACAGCUCCUCUCUCUGCUCUAGCGUGCGCACCUUUGUGGCCGAAAGCAGCGUCUCCACCUGGCGAGUCCUCUUCACAGCCAAUGCCUGGAUUCGCCUGAGUGUGGCCCAGAAGUACUCCACCUUGGGUCAGGUAUUUGUGGUCAUCGCUGGAUAUCAGUUCCUCGAGAGUUUUACCAGGGGUGAUAUUUUUCUACGUUGCUGCCUAAUAGCAGCGGCUUAUCUGCUGACAUAUCUACUUCAGAUAAUAGGCCACCAACUAUUUGUAUCGAAUCCCCUCCAGAAGUUCAUCGACCUUUGCAGUCUGGCCAACAUAUCUCUGUUUUCACUGACGGAGCCAGGAUUUGGGUACUACAUCCACGGACGAUCUCCUCACGGCUUUGCCGAUACGGAUAUGUCCUCGAUGAUUUUGCAGCUGCAGAGGACCCAGACCAUGAGUGGGCGAAGGGGAUUGCUAAUGGACUCGGACAAGCAGGCGUACGUUAUCCUGCCUCCCAGAAACCUUCACAUCUACCUGGAGCGACUCCUGCUUCCGUUCCAGCGUAGUCUUACCGGCACCCUUUCGCAGACCAUGCUCUAUCAAAAGGACAUUGUACCAAGCAUCGAUGGACAGAUGGAACGCACCUCCAUUGCUUAUGCCAGCGUCAAUCGCUUCUUCUGCGCCUUUAUCGACCAUGCCAUCAAGGACAUGGAUUACAUUAUUAAGGAGAAGUCGUUUGUGGAGCAAUUGCUGAACUGCGAAACUGACAACUACAUUACGGAAAACAGGGGUACCUUUUACAUAGACGAUUCGUUCAGCUUCUCCCGUGUUCUCCUGUUGGGUAACCAUUUACACAUCUUUGUCCUGGAACUCCUCUUGGUGCUGUCAAUCUUCCUCUUGUCCUCUAAUCUGUUGAUUGCAGCUGCAGGGGCUUGUGCUUUGAACAUAUUACUGCGCCAUGUGUUCCGCCAUUGGGUGCGCCGCAACAUCUCCCGCAAGACUCUCAUCGACGAGAGAUUUCUCUUGUAGCCCCAAAGAGAGGAGCAAUAUCUGCGGGAGGACGGAUUCUUUGCUAUAUAAAUGAUAUACGAGAAGUUACAGGAAGUUUUUUAUUAUUUCAGUAAUCCACUCGAUAGUAAGUAGUACAUUAAUAUACAAUGGUUAAUCAUUAGUUAUCGUAAAACUUACGGCUAAAACAGAUAAAAUAAUUUCCAUAGUUUCACAUUUAUCAUACAAACAUUAGCAGAUGCCCUGCAUGAUCUAUUUUGCUUUUCUUUCGUUUUGCAAUAGGAUAGCACACAUGAACGUCCGCUAAUCGGGAACGUCGUACAAACAUUUAUGCAUGGCUAUUUAAUUUCAUUAAUAUGUUUGCGCCCCUAUAUAUUCCCUAUUGUGGCGUUAUUAGGAGGAGCUGACGUUUUAGCGUCUAGUUGUAAUAUAUUUUUUGUAGUUGUCCAGUGUUAAUUCUGUUCGUGUCUGAUCUUUGUGUCUCGCAUUGAAAACAUUUAUGAAAAUAUCGACCUUAGCUGAUUUGGUUUUAUUUUAGUUUCGAUCCGGCAUUAUAAAAAACUACA